GGUACCACAAUUCAGUUGAGAGCCUCGACCAGCUACGCUCGAAGAUGUCUGAUUCCGAAGUGCAGGAGAAGAAGAGCCGUGGUAGGCCCAAGAAGACCGAGGGAGAGAAAACCGCCUCCCCGGCCGUGAAAAAGAGCAAGGUUGCUGCUGAAAGCAGCGCCAAGCGUGGCCGCGGCCGCCCGAAGGGCUCGAUCUCAAAGAAGAAGAAGGCUUCCCCCAAGAAGGCUGCUGCAGCGGGCAAGAAGCGAGGACGCAAACCGAAGGCCGCCAAAGAAGAGUCCGACAACGCUGAAGACAACGACGAGUAAACUACGGAUUUAGCUGCUGCUGUACCCAAACCAUGAUGAAGCAAGCCAGCCAUCCAACCAAGUCCGCACGGUCAGCAUGGAGAAAUUUACCAUGGUGGCCGUCGGUUGUAUAAAUAUCAGUCGUGAUCCAGAAUUGACGGACCGCAGAACCAUUCAAUGACGAUACCAUUGUAUUCCAUUAAUCAACUUUCACGCCAACUCGAUACAACACUAUUUGUACGCUAAUUACACAAUUGGACUAGCAGCGUGCUCUCAUUUGAAUAAAUCUCAUCUACUCCAAAGAACAAAA